GAUUGACAAAAAAAUUCAAAUUCCUAAAAAUCCACAUUUUCGCAGGCGAAUAUUGACUCUCAUUGAAGAUGUAAUGUUGAGUUAGUCCAUAACUCCUCCAAAAAGAAUGAAUUUUUAGUUCCUUCAGUCAUCCCAUCUAAUCAAUCAGGAGAGCGGCAUCUGGAUUCUCAUAAUGUGUGUGAUGUCAGUUUACUAAUCUAAUCAACAUGUAGGCUGAGACUUAUUAUAUUAAUUUUCCAAAGUAUCUUAAGACUCAAACUCCUAAACAAAAAUUCUACAUAGUUGUUAAAGUCGUAGAAAAUUGAAGUGCAUCAAUGGCUACAAAUCAGGAAGAGGUGAAGCUUUUGGGUUCUGUGGGAAGCGCAUUUGUGUGUAGGGUACAGAUUGCUUUGGAGUUGAAGGGAAUUGAAUACAAAUUUGUUCCAGAAAACUUGGCCAACAAAAGUGAACUUCUCCUCAAAUACAACCCAGUUUAUAAAAAGAUUCCUGUUUUUGUUCACAAUGAAAAACCCAUAUCAGAAUCCCUUGUGAUUCUUGAGUACAUUGAUGAAACAUGGACACAAAAUCCUAUCUUGCCUUUUGAACCUUAUCAAAGAGCCUUGGCUCGGUUUUGGUCCAAGUUCAUCGACGAAAAGAUUGUGGCUGCUUCCGUUAAAGCUGUUCAUAUCAUUGAUGAUGAUAAAGAGCGUGAGAAGAAUGUUGCAGAAACAUCUGAUUCUCUUGGGUUUCUAGAGAAUGAGUUGAAGGACAAGUUUUUUGGGGGAGAAGAGAUUGGUUUUGUGGAUAUUGCUGCUGUGUUCAUAGCUUUUUGGAUCCCUUUGAUUCAAGAUGUAACAGGGUUGCAAUUGUUGACUGCUGAAAAGUUUCCAAAGCUUUACAAAUGGAGUCAAGAAUUUCUCAACCAUCCAAUUGUUAAGCAAUGUUUGCCUCCUAGAGACCCUGUUUUUGCCUAUUUCAAAGCUCACUAUGAUAGCCUCAUUGCUUCGAAAUAGACACAGAAUUUCUAGUUUGUGAACUAUAAUAUCUGUAAUUCAAUUUUUGCAGAUAGGUUUCAUAUCAAAAUCAUAGUUUGCAUCUGAUAUUUCUCCAUCUAAAAUCUAUGGAUAUUAGUGUCAUUUUUUCAUGUUUCAA